GAAAAAAAAAAAGGUUUGAGGGGCCUCAUGCUAAUGCUCUUAGUCUUAUGAACUUUAUGGGAACGAACUAAUAAAGUUAGUUAAUUGAAUACAAAUUAAAUUAAAUUAAAUAUACCAAGUUCAAAGAAGAAACAACAGCCUCAUGUAGCAUCCUCUUUUUAUUUUAUUCAUUUAUUGAUUGAUCAUACUGAUAUUGCGAAUGGUUGUUGGCUUUGUAGGGAGAUAGACAAAGGUGGGGGCGGUGGGGGCAACGGUGCUGAUUCAAAAGCUCUGAGAUAGAAAGAGAGAGUGGGAACAUUCUGAUAUUGGUUGGCUUUUAGUGUUUGUGACUUUCUAUGUGUGCCUGUCUAAUAUGAGAAACAGCUCAUCUUCUCUUUUCGACCAAAUUAUCUAACAUACUUAAUUAAACAAAACAUAAACCGUGGAUUAACUUUGAUUGAGUGUGGGGUUCUUUGUUUAAAUCUCUCCAUAUACCAUACCACCUUCUCUUUCACAAAGGAACUUGUGUGUUACUCUGCUAAACUAAAGAGUGAUCUUUGUGGAGCAUAAACCACCAAAAAGAUGAUGCCUUUUGUCUACUAAUUCGGGUGAUUCUCUCAACUCAUACCGAGAUAUGCUGUCUUGUGUUUGCAGCAGGGUUCUGUGCUGUGCUUGGCUUCAAAGGAGGGAAAGGGGAAUGCUGAUUAUGAAAUUUCCUUUCUGAAAAAAAUCAAAUUUUUUUUUUUCCUUCGGACCACUAAGGAGUUUGGUGACUUGGUGUUGCUGGUGGCAUCUGAAAUCCCAUUUGUUGAAGAUACCUAGAUUCAGAUAUUAAAUUUAAUAAGAGGGUUUGCAAGCUGGUGUCAGUUUUGAGCAAGUGGGGGUGUCUCCUCUUAUCUCUGAGAAUUUUGUAUAUUUAUAAUUAUAUAUAUACAUGUGUGUGUUUAUGACGGUCUCUUCUGUUGGCAAUGUCUCCUAAGAUGGCCUUAUUUGCCGCUCUCAUUGGGGUUUGUUACCAAUUUAGUAAGCAACCUCCUCUUUGAGUCUCUUACCAUUCAAGUCAAAAACUAUAACCAAACCAAACCUUUGCUCCCCCAAGAAAAAAAAAAGAAGAAAAUUUUGGAGAGAUUAAGCCAUCCUAGCUUUUCUGUUUGCACUCAUACUGGCCUUGAUUUGUGGGAAAAGAUUCGGUCAUACUAGGAAGGGGAAGCAACAUUACCACAGUUUCUAUAUGAUGCUUCUUUUCUUUACCUUGGAACAUUAGCAAGUUACUACAUUCCUUUUUUAAUUUUCCAUCCAAGUCCUACUUGGUGGCUGCAGCUGAAGGAGUAGCUAUAAGAAUUGGAUCCAAGUUGGGAAAACUGUAUUAUAGGUUUUUUUAAUUGGCCAAGAUGAAGUUUAUGAAACUUGGAUCAAAGCCUGAUACUUUUCAGACUGAUGGAGAUAAUAUCAGGUAUGUGGCAACUGAUUUGGCAACUGACAUAGUCAUUAAUGUUGCAGAAGUAAAAUUUUAUCUUCAUAAGUUUCCUCUUCUGUCCAAAAGCACACGCCUGCAGAAGUUAGUUAGUGGCACCAAUGAGGGGAACAAUGAUGAAGUCUACAUCCAUGACAUUCCUGGAGGACCUGUUGCAUUUGAGAUAUGUGUCAAGUUCUGUUAUGGUAUGGUAGUGACUCUCAAUGCGUACAAUGUUGUCGCAGCUCGCUGCGCUGCAGAGUAUCUUGAGAUGUACGAAACUGUUGAGAAAGGAAACCUUAUCUACAAGAUUGAAGUCUUCCUCAACUCCAGCAUUUUCCGGAGCUGGAAAGACUCGAUUAUUGUUCUUCAAACUACCAAGUCCCUUCUUCCUUGGUCUGAGGAACUUAAGAUUGUGAGCCAUUCCCUUGACUCCAUAGCUACCAAGGCUUCAAUGGAUACAUCCAAAGUGGAGUGGUCAUACACAUACAACAGGAAAAAGCUCCCAUCCGAAAACGGGAACGAUCCUCAUUGGAACGGUGUGAGGAAACAACAGACGGUUCCAAAGGACUGGUGGGUGGAAGACCUUUGUGAUCUUCAACUUGAUCUCUAUAAGCGGGUCAUAUCAACAAUAAUAACUAGAGGAAAUGUUUCUAGUGCUGUAAUUGGAGAAGCUCUAAGUGCUUAUGCCUCAAGAAGGUUGCCUUGCUUUACCAAGGGUACGAUGCAGGCCGGGGAUAUAACAAAGAAUACAAUAUUGUUGGAGACUAUAAUUCGACUAUUGCCUGCGGAAACAGGCAGUGCCUCCUGCAGUUUCUUGCUCAAGUUAUUAACAGCAGCUGUUGUGCUGGAAUGCGAACCGUCGGAAAAGUCCAAACUGAUGAGGAGAAUUGGACAAUGCCUUGAGGAGGCUACAGUGGAUGAUCUUUUAAUAUGUGGCCAAGUUGGUGAGACAACAACGUUUGAGGUUGAUACCGUGCAAAGGCUAGUUGAAGAGUUUAUAGCACAUGAGCAGCAUAGUCAGGCCGAAUCUCUGUCGGAAGAUGAACUGCAUGAGAUGAGAAGCCCAAGUAUGGUAUCAGAUAACUCUAAGAAGAUGAAGGUUGCAAAGCUUGUGGAUGGCUACCUUGCUGAGAUUUCACGAGAUCCCAAUUUGCCUAUUUCGAAUUUUGUCAAUCUUGCCGAAUUGGUAUCAAGCUUCCCAAGACCAUCCCAUGAUGGUCUUUAUCGCGCCAUUGACAUGUACUUGAAGGAACAUCCUGGGAUCAGCAAAGGCGAGAAGAAGAGAAUAUGUAGGUUGAUGGAUUGCAGGAAGUUGUCUGCAGACGCGUGCAUGCAUGCCGUGCAGAAUGAGCGGCUUCCGCUGCGUGUGGUGGUGCAGGUUCUCUUCUUUGAGCAGAUGAGAGCCGCUGCAACAUCCGGAGGGACCGGCACACCGGAGCUUCCGGGAUCCAUGAGGUCCAUGCUCCCCGCCGGAUCUCAGGGCAGCUCACGGUCGACGACAAGCAAUACAGAAGAGGAAUGGGACGCCGUGGCGACAGCAGAAGAGAUAAAGACACUGAAAGGAGAACUGAACACACACAAAUUAUCAGGCGGUGGUAACAAUGAUGAUGUUAAAGGGAACGCUGAAAAAGUGGCUGCCAACAAAAUGAAAGGGUUCCUGUUUUCAAAGAAGAUACUGUCCAAGAUUUGGUCAAGCAAAGAAAGGAAUGGAGAGAUUACCAGCUCUGACACUUCAGAAAGCCCUGCUUCUACAGUCAUAGAGGAGUCAAAAUCAACCCCUUCUAGAAGUAGGAGGCACUCAGUAUCUUAGGGAGGGACAUGUUUUCUUUUGUAUAAUCUUCUCUCUCUCUCUCUCUCUCUCUCUCUCUAUAGUAUUAGAUUACGACCCAUUUUUGUUGUGCUGUAACGAGGAAAGAAAUCUCAUUGUCUUUGUUGUAGAUCAGAUCAGGAUUAUUGGAGAUUGCUUGUGACAGGGGAGAUUUUAGCAGAAUUUAAAGGCAAAAGAGGUUAACUAGAAUCAAUUCGCAAUAAGCUUUUAGUGUUGUUCAUACAUGUGCUAGUUUUUAAGACUAAGAUUGAGGAUGUUCAAGUUCAACAACAAAAUAAAAUGCAAUAAAAUAAAAGGUUAUUUUGCUA